CACACUGCCAAGUUUAAUCAAAAUACUUACGAAUAAUUUUUUGUUUGGUUUAGUUUAAACCUUACAGGAAUUGUUAAGGUUUUAUAAAAGUGUAUUCUUUAGUGACCAACUCAUGAUCAGGCGAGAUUUCCAUCUAAAAACAUGUUACAUUUGUGCAUUAACCUGUUACUUUGUUACUUGGUCACUUUGACCCCCACCAAAAGCAAUGGUGAUGGCGAGGGUGGGCCCCCAGCGACGUGGUGGAAUCCUGACUUCCAGGAAGAGUCCGUCGACUACGGUAACCCACAAAUUAUUACACAACCACCUCCGCCAGUGCAACCCGUCGACACGGCUGCACCGGAACAAAACAACUUAAAUUAUGAUCUUCCCAUACAACCGCGAUCUCAAGUGCCCACACCACCACCCUACACGCCCAUCGUAUUUCCACACCCGUCCUCAAUAUCGUUCCUGAAUGGACAGCGAAGAUCUAGGAACAGCAAGGCGAAAGUGUCCGCCAUUCUGGUUGGAGACAUCUGCGACCCCACGGACCUAGUUUAUAGCAAGUGCUCGGGAAACGCGCAGUGUGUUUUGAACGAGGGGGAUAAUUUGUACAAGUGUAACUGCAGUUUUUCAUACGAGGUGACCUCUGCCAAAAAGUGUAUGAGAGCUUGGGGUCAUUAUUGCGACAGCAAGGACGCUUGCAACCACGAGGCGUUUCUAUCCUGUAUCGAUAACCGGUGUGAAUGUGAGAAUUCUGAAGUUUAUCAAAAAUCUCCGGAUAGAUGCAGGAGCAAAGUGGGUGGACCUUGUUCAGUAGCUUCCGGUCCGGAAUGUGUCAAUAAUGCAGUUUGUCUCUCGUUUGACACAUAUGGUCGGAUCUCACGCUGCAUGUGCAAGGACGGUUUUGUGGAGACAUCAAGCGGCGAAUGCUCCCCAGGGGUGGGGAUGCCAUGUCAUGGGAAAGGAGGCUGCAACCCAGAAAUACCCCUCGUGUGCAAGGAAGGGGUUUGCUCGUGCAGGGAAGCAGUGCAUGCAUACGAUACCGAAACCAACUCCUGCGUUGGACUUGUGGGGGCGCAAUGUUGUACAAAUUUUGAUGGGGUGGACUGCCCCUACAACGUCACGAAUGGGUGUGUCUCUGGUGCAUUUUGCAAGAAAACGAGCAGAACUCUGCCCGGGAGGUGUGCCUGUCAGUCCUACAACUUGGAGUCGGAUGAAAGGACUUGCAGUCCAAAUCCAACGUUUGGUCAAAUGGUGACAGGGGGAAAGGUAUACUAAAAUUUAAAAGGAGAUGCAGUUGUAAUGUCAUCAAUUUGUAAAUAGAUGUUCAAUUAAAGAUGAAUUUCUUUAUGUAAAUACAAAUCGUGUAUUUUAUUGUGAAAUAAUUUACAAUUUUCUGGGGGCUAUAAAUAUUAGGCAGUUAGCAAAGCUACGUUUUUCUCAAAUUUCCAUAAGGAAAUAUCUCUUAAGUUCGGCAAAAAAUUUACGAAGCUCAAGCUGAAACCAUUGUCCUCUGAAUAUUUUUUACAUUGU